UCUCGUUCAUUUGUUUUAACCUGGUACCGCGUGCACGUUCGCUUCGCAGUUGGUUAAUAAAAUAUAAAUUAAUAAAAUAUGGCUGACGUUGAGGUGCGCAAGGAGAAGAAAAAGAAGAAGAUCAAGGAGGAGCCCUUAGACGACAUUGGCACUCUGCAGAAGGAGGGCGAUUUUCAAAUAAAACCCUCGUCGAAGAUAGCGCAACUAGAAACAUCUCAAUGGCCGCUGCUUCUCAAGAACUUCGACAAACUCAACAUCAGAUCGAACCACUAUACACCGUUAGCACAUGGCUCGUCACCGCUGAAUCGCGACAUCAAAGAGUACAUGAAAUCUGGUUUCAUCAAUCUGGACAAACCCUCAAAUCCCAGUUCCCACGAGGUUGUUGCUUGGAUAAAAAAAAUCCUAAAGGUUGAGAAGACCGGACACUCUGGUACCUUGGAUCCCAAAGUUACAGGCUGCCUUAUUGUCUGCAUUGAUCGUGCUACGCGUCUAGUGAAGUCACAACAAAGUGCCGGCAAAGAGUAUGUUGCUAUAUUUAAGCUACAUGGUCCCGUUGAGUCGGUGGCAAAAGUACGCCAAGGCUUGGAGAAACUUAGAGGAGCCCUCUUCCAACGUCCUCCUCUCAUUUCCGCCGUAAAACGUCAAUUACGUGUCCGUACAGUUUACGAUAGCAAAUUGCUGGAUUACGAUGAAAAACGGAAUAUGGGUGUUUUUUGGGUUAGUUGUGAAGCCGGCUCCUACAUCCGUACAAUGUGCGUCCAUUUGGGUUUGGUACUCGGAGUUGGCGGUCAAAUGCUUGAACUUCGUCGUGUCCGUUCGGGUAUUCAGUCAGAGCGUGAUGGCAUGGUAACAAUGCACGAUGUCCUAGAUGCCAUGUGGCUUUACGAGAAUCACAAAGAUGAGUCCAUGUUGAGACGUGUGAUAAAGCCCUUGGAGGGUCUGCUGGUCAACCAUAAACGCAUCAUCAUGAAGGACAGUUCGGUCAAUGCCGUAUGCUAUGGUGCCAAAAUAAUGUUGCCCGGUGUAUUACGGUACGAAGACGGCAUUGAGAUCGAUCAGGAGAUUGUUAUCUGCACAACAAAGGGUGAAGCCAUUUGUUUGGCCAUUGCCCUGAUGACAACAGCCACCAUGUCGUCGUGUGAUCAUGGUGUUGUUGCUAAAAUUAAACGUGUCAUUAUGGAACGCGACACAUACCCACGUAAAUGGGGAUUGGGUCCCAAAGCUUCGGCGAAAAAGGCUCUCAUUGCUGCCGGUAAACUAGACAAGUUUGGCAGGCCUAAUGAGAAUACUCCCAAGGAAUGGUUAACUGGUUUUGUUGACUACAGUGCCAAGAAGGCGGCAGCUGCUUCCGAUACGCCACAGUUAUCUGUUCCUCCUACAAAUGGCUCUUCGAAUGAACACCCCAAGCGUAAACUAAGCACCUCCAGUGUAGAAGCCACGGGAGUUGAAGAAACUCCCUCAAAGGCAGACAAAAAGAAGAAGAAAAAGAAGCACAAGGGCGAAGAUGAAGCUCCAGAAGAAGAGGAUGCUGAACCCGUAGAAAAGGAGAAGAAAAAGAAGAAGAAGAAGGACAAAGAUAGAGAUAGAGAAGAAGAAGCUCAGGAAUAGAGUAUUUAGAGAGUUAUCUAGAUUUUAGGUUCAGGAAUAGAUCUACGAUUUUUUGUUGUAGAAAGUUCCUAUAAUUUUCAAAAAAAAAAAAAAGUUUUCAAUCCACAAACAAUUAGUAAUUAAGUUUCAAAAGCAGUUUUUAUAUAUAUAUAUCUAAACAUAUAUGAGUAGAAAUGCAUUUAAGGUGACAUUCGCAAUGCAAUAAAUUCAAAUAUUUUAUUGUAAAACAAA